CUAGUCAAAAUGACUUUGCCAUUGUCAAGGAUAGAUUAUACAACUGUGGGUGUCACAUCUCGAGGUACAAUGAAGAUUUUCCCUGCAACAGAACACAGACAAACGCAAAAGUUUGCUGUUGCUGAUCACGAUGGGAUACUAUAUGUCUAUGGUAUAAAGAAAGGAGAAUUGCAACUGUCAUUUAAAUCAUUGCCAGGACCAAGGAUUAAUAAGGUGGUUCUUGGUGGUCCAACGCGUGACAGGAUUUUCAUUGCCCAAGACAGUACUGUAAAGGGUUAUACCAAGAAAGGAAAAUUGUUCUUGGAAUUCGACACAAAUCUCAUAGAUCCUAUUACAUCCCUAUACGUGCUUGGUCCAAAUCUUGCAGCAUGUGCCAGAGAUCUUUAUCACAGAUACCAUGAUUGUAAAGAUGCUGACUCUUACUUAGCUGGUGAAAUUUUAUACGAUGUGAUACUCCUGCCUGCUGAUGCCACCUUCAUCUACGCUAUACUUGCUUGCGGAGAUUGUGCUAUUCGAGUUCUUCAUGGUACAAAAACACCAGCAGUUCUCAGACUUCCAAGCGUGCCUACAGUAUUAUCAUUGUGCAGAGAACGAGACGCUGAAUCUAAAGAACAUAUGUUGGUUGGAACCAUGGAUGGUAAAGUGGGCUUGCUGAUUCUUGAGAGCAAUAAAACUCUGAGAAUCAGUUGGAUACUAAACAUGACAGGCUCAGAAGUGACUUCCUUGGAUACCUACGAACUGCAAGAUGGAUUAGACAUACUUAUUGGUCGACAGGAUGGUACCAUUGAAGUAUAUACCUUCCCUGAGGAGGACACGUUAUCCUUACUUCGGUAUCGUUGCAACGCUAAUGAAAGCGUAACUUCAGUAAGAGGUGGAAUAAUAGGAGCUGCAGGAUAUCCUGAAGUACUAGUCACAACGUACUCAGGAAAAAUAUUUGGUUUGACUACUAGACCGCCUGGAUUAUUGGAAGCUGAUCAAAAUGAUGGUUUGAUGAAGCUGAAAGCAGAGAUACAACUUUUACAGGAAAAGCUUAACGAGGAAAAAGAAGCAACUAAUUUCACUGUCGAUCCUUUAGCACCACUGAUUCUAUCAGUGAAUCAUAGGAUAAUUUUAAAUAAAGAAGAUGCAUCGUAUUCACUUUCAGUAGAACUGGACACACCGAUUGAUAACAUUUUGAUACAAUCAGACACACCAAUAGAGUUAUUGGAUGUGGAAAGUAACAGUGCAGUUGUUAGCCUUUCGACUUGUAAUCCUAGAGAAGGCAAUUUUGUUCUUGCUACUUAUCGCUGUCAAAUAAACACCAAUCAUCUUGAAAUGAAGUUAAGAACUAUCGAAGGUCAAUCUGGUACCCUGCAAAUUUAUGUCACUUCACAGGUACAACCAAAAUGUUGCCGUAGAAUAUUAAUACCUGUAUGUGCCUUAUCUCUUCACGUAAGGCUACAUGAAGAUGGUAAAGAGGUUCAUGAAAGAGGUCCUUUUAACGAAUUAAAAGUAGUUGGAAGCUUCACCAUUGCUGAGAUGCAUGCUUGGCUUUCUCUUGCAUUACCUGAUGUUCCUGAAAGGCCUCAUUUGGAAGAAGGAGAGGUUGUUUUAACAUACAUUUCAUCCUUUAUUGGCACAGUUCUAAAAUGCAAAUAUAAGAAAGGAAGCGCCAUUUUCCUGGGAGAAAAUAUAUCAAGUAUUAUAAUUCUCAGGGACGUGUUAACGAGAGAAGCAACAAAAAGAAAAAUCAAAUUAGACGUCUUCUGUGAUGUUGCAGAAGGGAGUGUAUCCAAAGUAUUGGAAUUAAUUCUUCCACGAUUGAACGGUGCCCAUGAAUUGACUAGGAAAGUGAAAAUUCUGAACGCCCUUGAGGAAUGGGAGCUGAAAGAAAAUCCAAAAGACAAUCUGUGCUCUGAAUAUCAAGAAUUGAUGCAGAAAGAAACAGAGAUCAAGUCACAGAUGGCAAAAGACAGUGAAAUUUUAGAAAGAUUACAAGCAGUAAUUACAGAUCUCUACGUCGAUUGGGAAAGAGCUAAACGUUCUCGUAGAAUUACUAGCAAAGACGCUGCAGAAAAGCUUAGCGCAGCACUUGAAUCCAGGGAGCUGGUUCAACUGUUACAAAUUUUCAUAAACACAAAUAACACGGUGCCUGCACCAGCUUCGUUAUCUUCAAUUAUGUAAGAUUAG